GUUUGUUUUCUGUGGGUUUCUUUUCCGUUUCUCUCUAUGCGCGAUGGUUUGAAGGAACAAUAAAAUAACACCCUUCACAACAAUGACAACUGAGCUAACGCUCUUUCUCUCCCUCUCUUUCUUCGUCUCUUUCGCAGGUUGGUGACGGUGGUUGCGGAGAAGCUGAUGAAAUCAUGAAUAUAGCGAUAUUUGGUAGUUGUCGAGAGUGAGUUAGUGAUUGAGAAAGAACGUGCUACUACACACUCGCACACAGAAACAUAGUGAGGUGAGAAAGAGAAAAGAGAAUGUUUAGGUUGCAUAAGCAGAGGGCGGCGAAAUCAGGGGAUAAAAUUGACUUCAGAAUCUCUCACCUCAAGGCGCUCCAGGUACCCAAAGGGUGGGACAAGCUGUUUGUUUCUGUUGUCUCCGCAGAAAAUGGCAAAACAAUUGCAAAGUCGAGCAAAGUCCCAGUGCGUAAUGGAGGUUGUCAAUGGUCAGAUAGCUUUUCAGAAUCUAUAUGGGUUUCGAGAGAUAAUUCCUCGAAGGAGAUUGAUGAUUUUGUCCUCAAGCUUAUUGUUGCAAUGGGGUCAUCAAGAUCUGGCAUCCUGGGGGACGCCACUGUUAGUUUGACUAGCUAUAUGAGUUCAGAUGCUGCUAUUCCACUUUCAAUCCCACUGAAUAAGUGCAACCAUGGGACAACUUUGCAAGUAACUGUGCAGUGCCUGACACCAAGAACGAAACAUAGGGAUCAAGAUACAAAUUUCCAUUUGAAGGCCAGCAAUGAAAAUAAUUAUGAUCUGCCUAUCAAGUCCAAUGAAUCUGAUUAUUCAAAUAUCCAGAGUGUUGAAUCUUCCUCUGUUGAAGAUUUUGAUUCUAUCUUAUCCCCCGGAGAAAUUGAGACAAGGGCAACAAGCUUCUCCGGAUCUGUAUCAAACUGCAGCCAUUACUCAACUGAGGGUUCCACAGGAAGGGAAAAUAUUUCCUCUAGUAUCAGUGACGGGCAGAGCCCGACUGGAAUACAAGGUUCUGCCAGCUCCCAGAAAAGUGUAUCCCAUCACGAUUACCCUGUAAAUUCUUCUCAGUCAAAUGAUUCGUCAUUUGUUUCCCAGAAUAUACAAGAGAUUGGGUCAUUGUAUUCUAAAACGACAAAUGCUUCCAAUAAUCGUCUGGAACCUGCAGAAGACACAACUGAAGAGCUACGGGCAGAAGCGAAGAUGUGGGAAAUGAAUGCCCGAAAGCUAAUGGGUGAUUUAGACGUGUUGAGGAAAGAAUUCUCAGAUCAAUACGAAAAUCUGGCAGGUAUAAAAACUGAACUUUCAGCGGCCCAGGCUGAGCGUGAUAGUUUGAAAAAAGAAGUUGAAAAGUUAAAAUUGUCGAGUGAGGAUCCAAGAGCGAGAAAGCGAGCAUCGGAUGAUUCACUAUGUGAAGGUGAAUGUUUUUCAGAAGUUGAGAAUGCUCUAAAGGAGGAAUUGAAGUUCGAAAAAGAAUCAAAUGCCAACUGGUCUUUGCAACUGAAGAGGAGCCAAGAAGCAAAUCUGGAGCUCGUUUCUGUUCUUCAGGAGCUGGAAGAGACCAUUGAACAGCAGAAAAUUGAGAUAGAAACCCUUUCAUCAUUACCCUCCAAAUUCAGUGAUCUGGACCAAUCUUUCCAAGUAAGUACACAAGAAAACAAGCAGUUAAUGCAACAGCUAGAACAACUGGAGGAGUCGAAGAAAAAUCUGCUAGUCAAGGUGCAAGAGCUGGAAGAUGCCUUGGAGGACAAAAUGCGAGAUACUGCACAUUUGAAGAUUCAAAAUAACAAAACCCUUUCAGAUAUUGAAAUGGAAUAUGAAGGACAAUUAGUCGCUAAAGAUGAAGAAAUAUUAAGUUUGAAAGCAAAGCUAUCUGAAUCUGUCCCAGAAAGUUGUAAUGUGGAGACUGUGUCCAAAAAUUUAGGUGAUGCAGACCUUUUAAGAGAAAUUGAAUUACUGAAAGAGAAAGUUCAGGAACUUGAGGUGGACUGCAAUGAACUGACAGAAGAAAACCUUGACCUCUUAUUCAAGCUAAAAGAAGCAAACAAAAGUUUGAAAGAUGGUGGAGCAUCUCAAGACCUUUUGUCAGACAAGGUCAAAGAUCAAUGUUCUACUAGCUUUGGAUCUGAGAUAAGCAACAAUUUAUUUCGAAUAUUCCGUUCAGGAGACAUGGUCCAAGGGGAAAAUAACAUCAAGAUUAGUGAUAAUGAUCACGUUUCGAUUCAAGAGCUUGAGACUUCAAAAUUAGCUCUAGAAGUCCGAAUCACAGAUUUGAAUACGGAACUUACUAAUAAAUCAUCUGAGAUAGGAAAUCUUGAGGCUAAUUUAUCAAACAAAGAAAAGGAGAUCGGGGUUCUGCAAAAGCUACUGGAUGAGCUAGAAGCCAAGGUUUAUCAUCUUGAACAAGAACAUAGUCAACAUGAGAAAGACAUGGAAGCCAUGAAAAAAGAAAAUAAGCAUGAACUGGAGCUCAUCAUAUCAGAAAUAGAACAGGAAAGGCAACAGUUGUCAACGCGCAUUUCUGUUUUAGAAGCUCAGUUGAGAGAUUUGACAAAUGAAAGAGAGUUUCAUUUAACAGAACUAGAGAACUCCAGAUCUAAAGCUGCAAGGCUUCAAGAGAAGAUUAUGGAGAUGCAGACUCAGAUAGAUUCUUCAACAGAAGACUUAGAGCAAAAAUUAAAGGUUACACAAUUUCGCUGGUCAGAAGCACAAGAAGAAUGUGAAUAUCUAAGAGUGGCAAACCGGAAUUUACAAAAUGCCAUAGAAAAUCUUACAGAAGAAUGUAGUUUUUUCAAGAAGAUAAAUGGAGAUUUGAGGCAGGAAAAGUUGAAGGAACAGGAAAAUUGCUCCCUUAUGGGAGCCAGAUUAAGGGAAUCAGAUGAAAGAUUCGCUAAGUGCUCUGAAAGAGUUGAGCACCUGGAACAGAGCUUCACUUUAAUGCAGGAAGAUAUUGCAUCAGAAAUGAAACAUCUAAUUUCAGAUUUAGAUGUUCUUUUUGAUGAAAAUAGGAAACAGAUGGAACAGGGUGAAGUAUUACUGAAUCAGAUGCAAAUGGAGAAGAUGGUAGAAACUCAAAACCUAGAACUAGAAGUUGAGAACCUCCGUUUGAAACUUUCGGCAGCAUAUGAUGAAAAAGAGAGAAUAGCUUCUAACGCUUUACUUGAAGUAUCCACAUUACGCGCUGAUAAAGCCAAACUGGAAUCUGCUUCUGAAGAAGCUCAAUCUAAAGUGAUUUUGGCUCAGAACGAGGUUGAUGCGCUGCAGUCUCAAUAUGAACAAAAGCUGAAAGACGUAACAAAUCAACUUGCUGAAUACAAAAUUAAAGUGGAAAUGCUGACAACUGAACAUGAAAAGCUGUUGAAGCUGGUGGAAGACAGCAAAUCAAGAGAGCUAAAAUUCAAAAGUACUAUAAAUGCUCUUGAAUUAAAACUUACAGUCACUGAAUAUGAAAGACAACAAAUCAUGGACGAAUCUGGAAAUUUAAAGGUUAAAUUGCAGCAGAACCAUCAACUUGAAAAUGAGAAUAUAGCUCUAAAGAAUGAGCUCAAUGCUUCUAAAUCUGAGAAAGAAAGACUCGAAGAAACAAGAUGUGUCCAGGAUACUGAUCUCAGUAACAGCAGAAGAAUAAACAGGCAGCACCAACAGACCAUACAACUUCUUGAACAGGAAAAAGCUGAGUUCCAAACAAAAGCCCAAGCCCUUGAAGAAGAAUUGAAGCUGAUUAAGGAACAAAAGAGAAAUCAGGUUUCGAAGCUAAACAGGAAAUCUUCACCUGUUCACGAUGAUCUGAAGUCAUCAAAAAAUCUUGGGGUGAAGAAUAACAAUCAACAUCGCAUUAAUAGGAAAAAGUCAUUAAAGAAUGACAGCAUCAAACAUUAUAGUGAGGUAGAAACUGAACUUGGACUUGAUGAAAAUGUUCAUGCUGUUGAAGUAGAUCCACUAUCGAAGACUCAAUUGUGUGAUAAUGAACUAGCAAAAGCAAACGAAGCCAAUAAUAAUUAUGAAGCUCGAUUUCACAGAUCACCAUCUAGAGGUCAAAAAAUCCAGGCAAAUGGCCCACUAAAAUCAAUGGCUGAAGAAGUAGUAACGAAAGAAAAAUUUGAACGUAUAAAAUCUGUGCUAGAGGCAGAUUUAAGAGAUAUUCAGGAGCGCUACUUCCACAUGAGCCUUAAGUAUGCUGAGGUCGAAGCUGAGCGUGAAGAACUUGUGAUGAAGCUUAAGGCAACCAAGAACAAAAAAGGGUGGCUUUCAUAGAACUAUGGUUAAUCCAAUGACCCUUUCUUGGAUUUGAGGCUGCCAAUCUCGGGUAACUUUUCUAACGAAAUUUAAGUGUCAGAUUUUUCAAUCAACUAUAGGAUGUACCAUUUGAAAAUGAAUCAUUCAUUGAAUAGUAGAAUAGUAAUAAAACUAUAAUGGUCAUUGUACUUGUAAAUAUCAGAAAUUUUGAAGGUAAAAUUACACUUAGCAAGUGCUAUUGUAAUGGUUUUGGGUGGUCAACACUUGCUUUUUUCUUGUAUACUACUCUUUUGUAUCCCAAGGGUUUGAAGGUUCAAUUUCCAUACUCGCAAAAUUCAUUAUUUGGGCUGCUAUAUGAGCUUGUAUUAUUCAAUAAAGAAUAAAGGAACACACAAAAUUAAAAGAUGUUUCUUCCAUAUAUCCAGGUGACCAACUGACCAUCCCACUAACACAGGAAAAUAAGCAAUUACAUUUAGAAAUACACCGUAUGGGUCUACAUCUCUACAUUUACCUGACUUACUGGUAAAUGCAGCCAAAGACUUUGCAAUUUUAAACUAUUGUAGUGUAGCCAAAGACAAAAUUCCAUUUGCAUAUUUGGAAGAGAAACAAAUAGGACAAAACAAG